GAAAGGACACAAAACCCAGAGUUCAUAAACCCUACUUUCUCCCUCCUCUCCUUCUUCAGGUGCCAUAGCUGAAUAAUAAUACUUCGAUACACCAUUAGAGAUGCUGUCUCUGACCUAAGGAUGAAGCUCUUCUUAUCCCUCUUCGCUAUCUUAUUCAAAAUGCUCUUUUCUCUGCGCAACUUUUUUCACGUUAAUCGAAGAUUCCACGCCCAUGUAAGCUGUUCUUCCUCCCCACUCUUUCGGAAUCAGAGUCCAUUCUCUUACAAUCUACCAUCCCAAACUUCCCUUAUGUCUUGUCCAUUCGUUUGGUUCACUAGUUUUCUCUGCCUUAUACGGUACCCUUUCGUUAGUAAAAGCGGUUCUAUUAGCUAUUGCGAAGAUCUCGAUAGGGAUUGGAUCCGUAAAGUCGUUCAGCAAGACCUAUGGGGUGAUCCCAAAAUGGAAAAGCUUUUCGAUUCAUCUUUGGCGCCGAUUUGGGCGACGAGGGUUCUAGUUGAAUUGAAGGAAGACCCGAGAUUAGCUUUCAAAUUCUUCAAACAGGCGAGAACCCGAAGUUGGUUUCAGCACACGACCGAAUCGUAUUGUAUAAUAGCGCACAUUCUGUUUUGUGCCAGAAUGUACUCUGAUGCCAAUAGUAUCCUUAAAGAGAUGAUUUUGUCUAGAGCUGGGUUUCCAGGCUGCGACAGCUUUGAUGUUCUAUGGUCAACGAGGAAUGUAUGUGCUCCAGGUUUUGGGGUGUUUGAUGCUUUGUUUAGUGUUUUGAUCGAUUUGGGAAUGCUUGAAGAGGCGUGCCAGUGUUUCUCUAAGAUGAAGAGGUUUAGGGUCUUUCCGAAAACACGGUCUUGCAAUGGUUUAUUGCAUAGGUUUGCAAAGUUGGGAAAGACGGAUGAAACCAGGAAAUUUUUCAAAGAUAUGAUUGGUGCUGGUAUAACCCCAUCGGUUUUUACUUACAAUAUAAUGAUAGACUAUAUGUGCAAAGAAGGAGACUUGGAAGCUGCCAUAGGGUUGUUUGAACAGAUGAAGCAUAGGGGUCUGAUUCCCGACACUGUCACUUAUAAUUCACUGAUUGAUGGGUACGGGAAAGUGGGUCUAUUGGAAGACGUGGUUUAUUUGUUUGAGGAGAUGAAGAGUAUGGGUUGUGAGCCCGAUGUUAUAACAUAUAAUGCGUUGAUCAACUGUUUCUGUAAAUUUGAGAGAAUGCCGAAAGCUUUCGAGUUUUACAGUGAGAUGAAGCACAGUGGUUUGAAGCCGAAUGUUGUGACUUACAGCACUUUGAUCGAUGCUUUUUGUAAAGAGGGCAUGAUGCAUCAAGCUAUCAAGUUUUUUAUUGACAUGAGAAGAGUUGGCCUUUUGCCUAAUGAGUUUACUUAUACUUCCCUUAUUGACGCAAAUUGUAAAGCUGGUCAUCUCGCAGAUGCUCUGAAGCUUGCAAAGGAGAUGUUGCAGGCGAAUGUUGAAUUGAAUGUUGUCACUUACACUGCACUUAUUGAUGGUCUUUGUGAUGAAGAGAAGAUGAAAGAAGCAGAAGAAGUUUUCAGUGCAAUGCUGAAAGCAGGUGUCAUUCCAAACCUUCAAAUCUACACCGCUCUGAUUCAUGGACUUGUCAAAGUUAAAAAUUUGGAAAGAGCUCUCGAGAUCCUAAAUGAAAUGAAGGGAAAAGGCAUUACGCCAGAUUUAUUGAUGUAUGGGACUAUUGUUUGGGGUUUGUGCAAUCAAGAGAAGGUUGAGGAAGCCGAGCUAGUGAUGACUGAGAUGAGGGAACUUGGAAUAAGAGCUAAUCCUGUAAUUUACACAACGCUCAUGGAUUCUUAUUUCAAGUCAGGCAAACCCACUGAGGGUUUGCAUCUCCUUGAAGAAAUGCAGAAUCUAAGUAUUGAGGUCACAGCUGUUACCUUCUGUGUUUUGAUUGAUGGAUUGUGUAAAAACAAUUUAGUUUCGAAGGCCAUCAACUAUUUUGAGAGGAUAAGAUACUUUGGUCUGCAACCUAAUGUAGCGAUAUACACAGCCAUAAUUGAUGGUCUCUGUAAAGAUGAUCGCAUCGAGGCUGCAAAGGCCCUUUUCGAGGAAAUGGUUGAGGAAGGGCUAGUUCCAGAUACGACAGCUUACACUUCUCUUCUUGACGGUAAUUUAAAGCAUGGGAAUUUUCAGGAGGCUCUGGCCUUAUGGGAGAAAAUGGCUGAGACUGGGAUGGAGCUUGAUUUACAUGCCUACACUUCGAUGGUUUGGGGAUUGGCUCAAUGCAAUCAGUUACAAAGAGCAAGAGAAUUCCUUGAAGAAAUGAUAACUAAAGGAAUUAUUCCUGAAGAGGUUCUGUGUAUCGGUGUUCUAAAGAAAUACUAUGAGCUAGAUUUUAUAGAUGAAGGUGUACAGUUGCAGAAGUAUUUGAUGGAGAACGGCAUCUUGGAUGGUGACUUCAAAUAUGCAGUUCCUAACAUUCAAACGCCCGAGGUCAAGCCAACUGGGUCAUUUCUGGUGUUUUCCCCUCCUUCGGCGCACGAUAAGCUCAGGUACGGUUUCAGGCUCGGAUCCACUCUCUCCCCCCCUCCCCUCUAUUUAGCCGAAAUGGGGGCUAGGGUUCCGGUGCAGCAUUACAACUUGAGAUCGGCCGAUUCCUUCAUCGGAAGCUCUCUCCACGACCUCAACACCGUGGAUGGUCCGCCGGGAGAUAUUGACGGCAUCGGCGGCGCCGUCGGUCGUGACGGCGUUGACGGAGACGGCUUGGACAACGCCGGAAAUUCUGCUUCUGUAGAGUGUAUGCACGAAUCGUACAGAAACGCUAUUCAAAUUCACAAUGUAGGAGUUGAAGAGGGCCGCACUAGCAUGGAAAACGACGGGUCUGCAGGGGCUGUUUACCCUAUCCUAACCACAGAGGAUGUUUCUCCGAUUGAAUCAGCAAGAGCAAGAUUCCUGCAAAUAAUUGUGGACUACUUUAUUAGCCACCAUGUGAUUGAAGUCACUGAGAACGAGGUUGAUUAUGUUACGGAUUCAGGUCGAGAGAAAGUCAAGAGGAAGACGAAUGAUACACAAUACCAAGGUGACCCACGGUAUGCAUUGCCGCUAAUGUAUGUUGCAAACUUGUAUGAGACUUUAGUCAAUGAAGCAAAUGAGAGACUUGCUUCUUUAAAUGGAAUACGAGAGAAGACCAUCGGGGUAGCUCUCGAAGCAGCAGGUGGGCUGUAUCGAAAACUGACAAAGAAAUUUCCUAAGAAAGGUACUUGCACGUAUAGAAGAAGAGAGCUGGCAACUUCACUUGAAACAAGAACGAGGUUUCCAGAGUUGGUUAUACAGGAAGAGAAACGUGUUCGAUUUGUGGUGGUCAAUGGUUUGGAUAUUGUGGAAAAACCAGAAAACAUGCCUGCGGAAGAUGCCGAAUGGUUUAAGCGUUUGACAGCCCGGACUGAAGUGGCUGUAUCUGCUAGAGACUACAAGUUCUAUUGUCCGCGACACAAGCACAGGCGUAUUCCAAAUUCCAUGUCCAACAUUCCUGGCUUGCCUUCAUUCCCAGGGAUAGACUCUUCAGCAAUGGCCAACCCUAAAGGAUUUCGUUCUGUUGGUGAUGAUCAAAGCCAACAGCAAACACCUUCCAAGCAUCACAUGUCACAGAUGUCUCACCAACCUCAGUUUCAUCAAACUAUUCACCAGAGCCACCAUCAUUCUAUUCACCAAGGAGGUCAGCACACCGCUCAUUAUUCCCAGGACCAUCCUUCAAACAUGCCCGAAAUGGCUCACACCCACCAGUCGCCAUCCAUUUCUCAGCACAUGGAUUGCUUGCAACCCCUCACCGGUGGUCAUAUCACGACGGGCCGGUUGCAUAUCAUGCCAAACAGCCCAGCGAAAUUCUGCGACGAGUGUGGGGCACAGUACCUCAGAGAAACCUCCAAGUUCUGCUCUGAGUGUGGUUCCAAGAGGCUUGGAAUAUGAUGCCACCCCAGCUCUUAAGAUACGAAAAAGAAAAGCUUGCAAUUGAAGGAGGAGAGGAUUCAGAGAAGUACGCAAUUACAGAAGCAGAGGCGGUUACUUGGCCAGAAAGCAACCGAGUUCUUUUGAGUUUAGUCUAUGAGAUAUUUGGUCAAUUGUGUACAUAAUAACUAUGUAAAUCUAAUGUAACCCUCCCAAUCCUGUCUUGUUA